CUAAUAUUGAUUAAGUUCCCAUUCCAUUGGUUCCAUGCAAAUAUUUUUCUCAUGAAAUUUUGUCCGUUUUUAUAACGACCCUGAAUUUUAAUUUUCAACUAUAAGUAUUUACAUUUAACGGAAAUAGUUGUCCACUCGAAGUUUGAGUCUAAACCAAGUUCAACUUUUAGUGUGCGGCAUCUAAUUAGUCUUGAUAUACAUAGUAGUGCUAUAAGAGCUUAGUUAUAUAUCGAUAAAAAGUUCAAAACUGAUAAAAAAAAUGUUUGUUAAUUUCAUAUUUAUUUUCGUCUUACAAGUAGUUGUAAGAUGUUCUGAGAUCGAUAUUUUUCCUAGAAUGCCUAUCACUGUUGAAAAAAGUGAAAAUGUUGUAUGUUCGGAAGAAAGUAAACAGUAUUUGGAUAAUUUGAACAAUUUUACAUUAUGGGCACAUGAAAUGCGAGAUGCUUCAGCCCCGUCAGCAAUCAGUGUAUUAAGGGGAAGUGGAUUUAAUCUAGGAAAUCUAGAACAAUGCUUAACUGCAAAUGCUCCAUUUCCAACACAAUACUGUCUUGCAGUAAUUGUGGCAAAUAUUCCAAAAACUAAAUCGCCGCGCGAUAUUUAUUCUUUAGAAUUCGAUCCGAAUGAAAAUAUUAUUAACAAACUUUAUGUUUAUGAAGAUGAAACAAAAGCACCUCGAAAUGUAGUGAGAAUGGGUUGGUGUAUUCCAGCAUCAUGUUCUCCAAAUGAUGCACAAAAUAGUCUAAAUAAUUACUUGCAAAGAUACGACCAUCCGUUGAAAAAAGAAAAUGUGUCUUUCUCGGCAACAGUUCCUCAAAUUCUCUGUCAAUCAUCAAAUAAAGUUCCAGAGUUGGAUUUAGUUGAUAUAAGCUUUUGUAUACUCACAAUAACGCUCCUGUUACUAGUCGUACUUGCAACUAUUUUGGACUACAAUGGCUACCAGAACACAGAGAAAAAACUUUCCUCAACAACACUACUUCUAGCCUUCUCGGCAAUAAAAAAUUUUAGAGGAUUAUCAAAGGCUGAUGAGUCUGAGAAACCACUGAAAAUAUUUUACGGAAUGAAGACGAUUUCUUUGUUUAUGGUGAUUGCAGGUCACCGAUUUGCUCUGUUUGCUGGUUCACCCAUGAUAACUUAUGAUUCCAUUGAAGAGCACUUCAGAACAACGGUAUACUCUGCUUUAUACCAUGGUGAUCUGUUUGUGGAUACAUUUUUCUUUAUUGGUGGAUUACUUGUAACUUAUAUUGUACUAGGUCUUAUUGAUAAGAAAAUGUUCAAACCCGGAUUAAUAAUCCUAAAUAGAUACUUAAGAUUGACACCAAGUUAUGCUUUCGUAAUAUUUUUUCAAGCGACUAUGUUAUAUCACACUGGCACAGGAGCUUUAUGGGAACCGAUUGUGGGUCAGGAACGAAAAGAUUGCAGACAAAAUUGGUGGACUGGUAUUCUAUAUAUAUCAAAUUUGGUAAAUUCGGAUCAUAUGUGCAUUACACAAUCGUGGUAUUUACCUUGUGACUUUCACUACUUUCUGUUAGCUCUACUACUCGUAUAUCUACUGAAAAAAAAUAAGAAAAUUGGAUUUGUUGGAAUUGCCUUAUCUUGUACAUUAACAAUGAUCGUUACAUUUUAUCUUAUAUAUGCUAAUGAAAGACCAGCGUUCUUACGAUUUUUGUUAAAUUUUCUUGCUGGGCCAAAACUUUUCAUAGAUUUUCAGUUGACUUAUAUUAAAACGUAUACAAGAGGAUUACCGUAUUUUGUAGGAAUAUGUGGAGGGUACAUUUAUUAUACCGUCAAAGGAGUCGAUUUCAGUAUAUCAAAGUUUCGCUCUACGAUACUUUUAUUCUCCUCCUAUGGUUUAUUAUGUUUUCUUCUUUUUACUGGAAUUAUAUUCUAUGAUCCAUAUCACCAAUACAACGUUCUAGAAUCAUCUUUCUACGGAACAACUUUUAGAUUUCUUUGGGCAAUAGGCACCUUUGGAUUUAUAUAUGCUAUAAGUUUUGGACCACAUGGAAUUAUUUAUAAUUUUUUGUCAUGGAUUGUAUUUAUUCCACUUAGCAAAUUAUCGUAUGGAGCCUAUUUGUGCCACAUGGGUUUUCAAUUACGUGAUAUAGCGUCUACAGUCAAUCCCAGAAAAUUUGUUAUGUUUGACGUGUUCUUGCAGUGGAUCGGAGAUACCGUUUGGGCAUAUAUGUUUUCAUUUUUAUUAUAUUUAAUGAUAGAAGAACCAAUGAAGAACAUUUUUAAAACAAUAUUAUUCAAGAAUAGAGGGAAUAAAAGUAAUUCAAAUUUACCUGCUGAAGUAGAUAUUAAAUUGGAGAAUAAUAAAUUGUAAGGAAGAUGACAACUAUAAAAGCAGUACAAAUUGGUGGUGGGAGGGGUUUUCCGGUUUUUCUCACUGUACGUCAAAAUGUACCAUCAAUCGUCUGUAAGUCGCCCCGGAGCGCCACAUUAAAUAAUAAUAAUAAUAGUCGUCCCUUCCCCGUCAGUCAUCUUCUGUGGAUUUAGAUUCACUCGUAAGAGGGUGAAUUAUAGGGAGAAUAUUAUUAUUAAUUAUAGAAAUUAAUUACUAUGAAGAUAGGUUAUGUUUUAAAUACUAUUUAACUAAUCUACAGAUAGUAUUAAAUUUUUUUUAUAUUUCGUUGUUUUAUUUCAAAUUAACAUAAUAAUAGGUGGCCAUUAUUAGGCAUUCCAAACAAAAAACUGUCGGUGUCACAUAAUAUUUCGGGUCUCAUCGUCGAUAUCUAUAUCCAAGAAAUGUUAUUUUUCGAAAUAUGCUUUAUUUUUGUAAAAUUUUGUGAAUUUUCUUGUAAUUUAAUACACACUCGAG